AAGCAUUAAUAUUCCGCUUCGCUCUCAGUUGAGCCGCAGACUGGAGGAGGAACUGAAGUGUACACAGUGGCAGCUGACUGAUAUUUAAAUUAUUACCAGGAUAAGAUAAGGUUGGAAUACUUUCACAGACAGCUGGGCUUCGUUUUUGAUACUGACAGCUUUCUUUUUUUUUACUCUUCUUGUGUUGACAGUUUUAAUGUAGGUAAACACAUGAUGUGUGCCUGGAGCUGUUUUUAUACUCAUUAGCUAGAUUAUAGCUAGGAGAUGACUUAUUCACUGUCAGAAAAACAGCAAGAAUUUCAGGGUUUUAAGUUUACUAUGUGUUUUACAAUAUAUAAUUCCUCUCCUGAUUAGCCCGGAUCAACAGUAUUUAUUGAUUAUCUAAGGGACGAAACCUGCAUAGCUGCACGUCUUGAAGAUUUAUCUCGGACUCCCUGUUUUUUUUUUUUUUACCACAGGCAGAGCUAGAUCAGAUAUUUAACCCCUUAACAGGCCAGGAUUUUUGUCAGUUGUCUGCCUGACAUUACACCACUAAAUCUUGAGGGCUUUGACAUUUUAAGGGGAUAAACAAAGGGACUAACUAUCAGCUAAACCAAAUAUUGAGUGUAGGUUUCCAUUCUUUUUGUAUUUUUUCUCUUUUUUUAACUCCAGUUUGUAUUUUUUUUACUUACCUAAUUUUAAAUCAUUCUAGCUAUUUUAUUUCUUCUCUGACACACCACCAACCACCAUGGAGGUAAUACCUACUAAUCCUAACUCUUCCUUGCCGCCACCACCACAACCUUUUCCAAUAAGCCCAGCUAUGGCUCCAUCUGUACAACUCGGUGUCACCAUAGUUUACACAUGUCUGUAUGGAGGUUUGUUCUUAAUAGUAUACGCUCAGCUUUGGCUGUUGUUACUCUACCGCCACAAAAGAUGGAGCUACCAGAGUGCUUUUCUUUUCCUCUGUUUGUUCUGGGCGGCACUCCGCACUACGCUUUUUUCCUUUUAUUUUGGUAAUGCUCUGGCAGCCAACCACCUGCCCACCCCAAUCUACUGGCUCCUCUACUGCUGUCCUGUGUGCCUGCAGUUCUUCACUCUGAGUCUCAUCAACCUGUACUUCACCCAGGUUUUGUUCAAAGUUAGAGGGUUAUUCAAUAUUGAACCCAGUAAAGGACUAUGGGCAGCUCGAUGUAUGUAUGCAUCUAUGAGCAUUGUCUUUUUAUGCGUCAACAUGGUUUGCGCCAGCUUAGGAGAUCGUGGGGGCUCCGGUGGAAUUGGGGCCAAAACAUGGAGGCUGGUACUGGUCCGAGUCUUGGUGAACGAUCUGCUUUUCAUCAUAGAGGCUGUGUGUCUGGCCAGUUCACUGCUUCUCUUGACCCGUUUCUCUCCAUCCACCAGCCCUUAUUUGCACAGCAAGGGAACAUCUCUUUGCCGGACAGCAGUGCUUGGAGGUGGUGUAAUCCUGCUAUUUUCAAGCAGAGCAUGUUACAAUCUUACUGUGCUUAUUCUGUCACAGAAAUAUAAGGUAGCAUCCUUUGGCUUUGACUGGUACAACAUCUCUGAUCAGGCUGACCUUCGCAGUGAGCUUGGAGAUACAGGGUACAUAGUGUUUGGGCUUAUUCUUUUCAUAUGGGAGCUUCUACCUACCAGCCUGCUUAUUCUAAUUUUCCGAGUACCUCGGCCACCACAAGAAACGAAUUGCAGUCCAGCAAUCAACACAAGAGGACCACGCUCAUAUUUCUUUGACGACCCACGUGGGAUGGAUAGUGAUACUGGUUCUACUUGGACACAUGGCUUGCGGCCCAACAACAGCUGGUUUGGUUCCAGUGAGACAACUCCACUCCUCUUCAACAGGACAGAUCAGAGCAACCAGCAUCACUCCCUUUACUCAACUCCACAGAAUUAAGCUCUCCACAGGGACAAGGCAUAAGGGAUUUGUCUCUGAUCUGAUUCUCAGGCAGUACUGUAUCAGUACCUCAUCCUGUGGACACCAAUUGGUAUCAUUUGCACUGACGCGCUGUACACCUGCUUGCACCUUGCAUUUUUCAAUUUUAUAACUGUUGACAGAACUAAUAGACAUUCUUCUAACUUAAUAUCUUAAUAUCUGUACCAGCAAUUUAAAGGGAUGUGCAGGCUCUCCCCUGUUUACAUAAAUGAGGACCAAUAACCUGUUUCUGUAGGUUAAUGUAAUGAAGCUUUAGUGGAAUGAACUCACCUUUGUAUUUAUCGUUUUAAUAUAUCUACUCUUUGCUUUCAAACAACUGACAAAUGUGAAUGAAUGAUUGAUUGAUUAAUUAAUCUAAAUUAUUUUAUAAUAUUUCAUAAAGGGAACAAUGACAGAUUUUGAUCAUAUUCUACUGUAUUUAAAAAUGAUUUUAUAGCAUUAAAUGUGCAUACUGAAUUUUACAUAACUUGAGAUUUUUCCUAUAGAAUUACAUAUUUUCCUACAGUGUAAUGAUAUUAACUGAAAAACAAUGAGUAAUUUGAAUUGACCAGUUUAUUCUGCAGUAUGUACAUAUUCUCCUAUUAAAACACUUUAUACAGUA